GAGGCGGAGGGAGGCUCUGAUCACUUAGCACUGUAAUACAUGGGAUCACACUAGUCUGUCGUUUAGUAUUGUCAUUUUAUAUCAGAUUUUGCGUGUUGCUUAUUAAAUGCAAUGGAGGAAAAGUUCGCUAAAUUCGUUUCCCAUAAGAUCAGCAAAACUCGCUGGCGCCCGGUUUCGGCCUCUUCUUUGCAACAGCCAGACGUGUUUGCCACCGGUUCGUGGGAUAAUGAGGAAAAUAAAGUGUCAUUAUGGUCCUCUGGAGAUGUUGGCGCAAUGAAUUUGGAUGAAGAGUAUCAAGGAGAUCCUAAAUUGCUAUGUGAUAUUAGACAUAGUGGCGAUGUGCUCGAUAUGCAGUUUUUAGAUACAGAAAGAAUUGUAACUGCUUCAUCAACUGGAAGUGUAACAAUCUUCCGUCAUCAUCACAACAAUCAGACUUUGUCAGUAAAUCACAGGUGGGAGCGAGCACAUCACCAUAUUGGAUCUGACUCAGCAGGUGCUCCCUGCACCAGUGUCGUUUGUAACAGUCCAGAAAUUGUUUCUGUUGGAGAAGAUGGCCGUAUGAAUGUUUUCAGAGCUGACAGCAAAGAGAUUGUGAGGACAAUAGAUCAUGUGGAUGGCUGGGUGCAUGUGCAUCGUUUACCUGGGGAAGAGAUGGUAGCAGGAUGCACUAUGGGAAAAAGGCAGGCUGGCGGAGGCAGUGUUAUGCUCUAG